AUGUUGACUCAUUGACUGGCCCGGGCAACCAGCGUAUGAGCAUAACGGCACAGGUACAAACAAGCGCAGGGCACCCCGAGUCAGGCGCAUCCCGGGUCAGUGGGCCAAGCGGCAAGGGUGAAUGCAGGCACGAGCUUACAAGCUGGAGGGCGAGGCGGCGGCAGCGGCGCGCGCCAGCGGCGGCCCCGGCGGCAGUCCGGGUCGUGGUGGCGGCGGCGGUGGUGGCGGCGGCGGCGCCGCCGCCGCCGCCAGCUGGCGGCAGUGGCUGUUGCAUGACGUGAGCGUGGUCGCACUCCUGGAGCUGGGGCUGCGACUGCUGGCGGCGCUGCCGCCUCGCGACCCACACGCUGUGGGCGUGGUGCUGUCCGUGCGGAACACGCUCCUGGUGCUGCCGCUGGCGGCGCCGGACGCGCUGGCGCCGCGGCUGCCGCGGCUGCCGCUGCCGCCGCCGGGCUCGCCCUGGCGGUCCGACACCCUCCGCGGCGUGUUGCUGAAGUACAUGCCCACCUUGGCGACGGCGGGACUGCCCGCGGGCAUGCUAGCUGCUGCCGCCGCUAGACGCAACUCCGGGAGCUCGUGGCGUUGUGGAAUGUAUGGUGCGCAGCUGCACGCGGCGUCUUGCGGCGGCCCGGCCACACGGGUGGCGCUGUCGCAUAUGACGGCCAUGCCGGCCGGCGACGGCGCGUGCCUGGCAGGACCCGCUUUCGCCCUGGAGGCGGUGGAGGCGGUGGUGCUGGAGGCAUCGCUGGCGGCAUUACAGCCGCUGGGCAAGCAGCAGCAGGAGCGCCCGCAGCAGCAGCGCUCGGCGGGCCCUGUGCUACUCUGCUGCGCCAACCCGCGCUGCACCAACCUGGCGGGGCAGAGUGAGGCGGCGCUACCGCUGUCGGCGUGCGGCGGCUGCAAGGCCGUGCGCUUACCUUACUGUUGUGUUGCCUGCCAAUCGGCGCACUGGCGCGCGGGGCACAAGGAGGCGUGUGACGCGCUGAAGGCGGCCGGUGGUGGAGCAGCAAGAGGUGGAGCAGCAAGAGCCCGGCUGACGGCGAGCUCAACAGCACCGACUGGAAGGCGGGAGGCGGCGGCGGGCGCUGAGGGCGCUGAGGGCGCUGAUAGGCGCUGAGGGCCCGAGGAGGAGGAGGGAGAGGUGGUGGGGGAGGGAGUGGCGGCGGCCAUGCCUGAAGCCGAGCUGGAGUCGCCGCGCGGUGCCCAGUCCUCCAGUGCCUUGCGCACCUGAAGGCAUGAAGCAGGGUGGAGUUGAGUGAGGUGUGGAGUGGCGUGGGAUGGAGUUGAGUGGCAUGGUGUGUAGUGGUGUGGCGUGGAGCCGUGGAGCGGUGUGCACCCGCACCCACACCCGCUGGCGCCGCGGGCCCUGCCUUCUGGGCACAAACGACACGCGGCGAGCUGGGCAUCAAAACCUAAUUUUGGAAUCAUCCAGGAUCGAACUGGAGACCUCCUGUGUGCCAACAUGGUCCCGCAGAGACCAGAUGUUAGACAGGUGUGAUAACCAACUACACCAUGAUUCCAAUUGUGGUGUGAGCCACACUGUCGUCGUCCAGGAUCGAACUGGAGACCUUUCGCGGACGCACAUGUGGGGCUCGAAGCCUACAGAUGUGAGGCGAAUGUGAUAACCAACUACACCACGACGACUCGAACUUGUGUGACCUCAGGGCCGCGAAGGCGGCCUGGGACCAGACCGAAACACCUGUGCGUGGAUGUGUGUGUGAGGGGGGAGAGCGCCAAGUGUGCUGGCCAAGGGAGUGACCCGGUGGAGCCCCCUGACAGUACUCACCCGCGGCCUCAGAGCGCACGGGAACUUGGCCUCCAACAUGGUACCACCGCGUGUUCCAUCACGACCGCGUGAGGUCGCUUGUUCGAUCCCGGGUGUCCUCCAUUGAAAUCGACUCUGCAUGAUGUAGGUCUAGUCGGGUCCCCGCUGCGGGGCAGUGAAGUCAUCUGUUCGAGUCGUCGUGGUGUAGUUGGUUAUCACAUUCGCCUCACAUCUGCCGCGUGUGCGUCCGCGAAAGGUCUCCAGUUCGAUCCUGGACGACGACAUCCUUUUGGUCGGGGUGUGGCUUGUGCAGUGGGGGCACUGGGCUGGGAACAUGUACGGGAGCUACGGCAUCAAGCUGCUUGGGCGAGAGCACAAAGCCGGG